CCCAUUUAGUUACCAUCAUUGCACUGCUUCUUGUCCCCUCCCCUCCAGACAUAGACAACAACACACACCUUAAUAAUAGGGGCGCGCCUUCGACAUAGCCGGCGACCAAUAACCCGUCUGUCUGGACUGAGACCAAGGGGAUGAGCGCUAGCCGAGGCCCAAUCAGCGCUUUUGUGUUGCCUGCCGGUGCCGGGGACUGGUCGCGAGGAGCUACUGCAGCGCUUCAGGAUCUGAAAGAGAACCCCGAGCUUGUGGAACCUGAGGGAAAGUCGAGUCAGGAUGGAGCGGAUGUCUGAGGAGGCGCUGCGGCUGAACCUUCUCAAGCGGGGCCUGGAGACGUCCGAGGAGCGUGAAGAGGCCCUGGCCAAGCGCCUUAAGAUGGAGGGCCACGAGGCUAUGGAGCGCCUCAAGAUGCUGGCCCUGCUCAAGCGCAAGGACCUGGCUGCGUUGGAAGGGGCAGCGGUGGCAGCCGGGUCCCUGGACGGCGGCAAAGGCGGACUGGGGGCGAGCCACCACCACCAGAGUAUGCUGGCGGGCGCGGCGGCGGCCUAUGAGGAGAAGAUGAACGGGAGGCUGGGGGGCCACGGAGGGCCGAGUAAGAACGGCAAGGAGAACAUGGUGGACGAACCAGUGGACUUCAGCGCCAGAAGAGGCGAUGUGGACCGUGAGCGACACACUCCGUCCCCGGACGUGAUCAUCCUGUCGGACAACGAGGCUUCCAGUCCCAGGGGGACGCCCCACCCCGAGGAGAGGCUGCACCAGGCCAACCUGGAGAUCUUCAAGGGGAAGACUGGCGAGGAGCGGCAGCAGAUGAUCAAGGCUCUGAGGGAAGAGCUGCGUCUGGAGGAGGCCCGUCUGGUGCUGCUCAAGAAGCUUCGGCAGAGCCAGAUCCAGAAGGAGAAUGUCGUGCAGAAGGUACCAGUGGUCCAGAAUACCCCCUCUUUAGUGCAGCCAUCCCCCAUCCACAGUUCACAGGGGAUGGGAAAGCUGCCGGUGCGCCCUGGCAUGCACACCCCGGAGCCCCAGAACUUUCGCAGUGCACAGGGUCACACAGUCAUCAGGUCGGGGGCCAAUGCCUCCCUGCCACCGAUGAUGAUGUCACAGAGGGUCAUCGCCCCCAACCCAUCCCAGCUACAUGGCCAGAGAAUGCCCUCCAAGCCUGGCAUGGGCCGCUCCAGCACGGGCAGUAUGAGCAACAUCAGCUACCAGCAGGCCACCAGCCAGCAGGUGGCGGCGUCCCAGCGUUCGGGUUCCUCUGCAAUCUACAUGAACCUGGCCCACAUGCAGGCGGCAGGGGCUGGUGGUGUGGGCGGUGUGGGGAUGGGCGGCAGUGGGAUGGGCGCUGUCAGCCCUUCCACCAUAUCGAGCGGCACAGGUGGCGGCAGCAGCUCCGGCGUGAGUUCCCUGGCGGACCAGGCCAGCAGCCAGGCGGCAGCCAAGCUGGCCUUGCGCAAACAGCUGGAGAAAACCCUGCUGGAGAUUCCCCCACCCAAGCCUCCGGCCCCACUGCUGCACUUCCUGCCGUCGGCCGCCAACAGCGAGUUCAUCUACAUGGUGGGCCUGGAAGAGGUGGUGCAGAGCGUCAUCGACAGCCAGGGUAAGCUGCGGGGGACGCUGUCGCGCAUGGAGCCCUUCUUCUGCGGCCAGUGCAGGAUCGACUUCACACCCCACUGGAAGCAGGAGAAGGGCGGGCGUAUCCUCUGUGAGCAGUGCAUGACGUCCAAUCAGAAGAAGGCCCUGAAGGCGGAGCACACCAAUAGACUGAAGAACGCAUUCGUCAAGGCCCUGCAGCAGGAGCAGGAGAUUGAGCAAAGGCUCCAGCAGCAGGCGGCCCUCUCACCCAGCACGGCUCAGACAGUUCCCAACGUCAGCAAGGCCGAGACCAUGAUCCGACAUCAUGCCCUGCGUCAGGCUCCCCAGCCUCAGGCCUCCAUGCAAAGGGGUCUCUCCAGCUCGGCAAGGGGCGUCCUCUCCAACUUCGCCCAGGCAUCCCAGCUCUCCGUGGCCAGCGGCCUGCUGGGGAUGACGGGGAAGCAGCGCUGCGGAGGAGGAGGUGGCAGCAGUAGUGGUGGCGGUGGCAGCAGUCGGAUCCAGCAUGAUGGCCGUCGCCAGAUCUACAACAUCCCCGGUGGGUUUUUGAGAACCCCUUAUGGAUUGAACAUUGCAUACCUGAACCAAGGAGGGGUUGGGGCCCACAAGGGCUCCAGCUUAGCUGACCGCCAGAGGGAGUACCUGUUGGACAUGAUCCCGCCACGCUCCAUAUCGCAGUCCAUCAACGGACAGAAAUGAACCCCGCCCUUUACCCCCACCUUCCCAAUCCUCUCCCCAAGGGCCACCUUCUCCACCCCGCCACCAUGCCCUCACAAAAAAAAGACCACCUCCCCCAUCCCAUUGCAUGCAGUGCCUGUCCGUGUGCCUACCUAAACUAACCCAUGAGAAACGACACAAUCAGCCUGAGAAACGACACAAUCAGCCUGAGAAACGACACAAUCAGCCAGACAAAAGACAACCAAACUGUCAGUGCAUCUUCUCGACUUUCUUACUAUAGCAAAAUGAUUUAGAAGACUUUCAAAUCAUUUGUACUACUAUUAUUGCCGCUGUUACUAUUAUUAUUAUGAUAACUGUUACCGCUUCAGUUACUAUUACUCUUAUUAAGCUUUUUUAUUGUUAUGCUAUGUAGAGCGCCUUUCAGUUCAUACCUUUACUUUUAUUUAUUUGGGGGGGGGGGGCGACUAUUGCAGGGUUGCUUUCGGAUUUCAUUGUUUUUGGCAUAAUUGUAUUUUAGUUACUCCCCUUCUACACUCCAUAUGUAUGGUUAUUUUAGUUACUCCCCUUCUACACUCCAUAUGUAUGGUUAUUUUAGUUACUCCCCUUCUACACUCCAUAUGUAUGGUUAUUUUAGUUUUCAAAAUGUUUAAAGCCACCUUCUGUUAUGGAUUGGAUUCUUGUGAAGUUUCAACGCGGCAAAAGAGAUGGACAUAUCGCUAUGUAAGAGGGCGAUCAUGUGGAAUGAACCGGAUCUAACUGGACACUGGUCCAAAUGACUGACUGCCCUGCUUUGAGUCGACCAGAAAAGAUGACGGAUCAUAACCAGGAAGCACUAUUCAUAUUUUUAUUUGACACAGUAUUAAUGGAAGCGAGAAAAUCCAGAAAGUGCGCGCUAUGGAGCAGAUAGAUUUUUUUUUAAAUCUAUGAACUAAGCACAGGAAAGUCCACCGGUGUUUGCGGUGAGAGAAAAAAUACCUGCCAUGUCACCGGUGGAGGCCAUGGCCUGCAUAGAGAGGGAGCGUGGCAGCCAUUUUGGACUGUGGCGUAUCGUCCCAUCUCGCUGCUUGGCACAGGCCUGAAAAUGGGGUCAUGAAACCUGCCCCCAAGAUUCUCCAUUGCCCCUCAAUGCCUUCACUUUCAGAGUAUGCAGAGACUUCAAACCUUUCUAAACCCAACUGUUCCUUGUGGUACCGCGAGGGAAAUGGCGAGGACUCGAGCAGGAGGUGGCAGUGGCAUGUCAUUUGUUUUCUUGUUGUUGUAGGGUUUCUUGAUUUGUCGUUGUUUUUAUUUGAGCCGUCUCCUGUAGAAAAGGCUGCGUAUCUGUGAGGUACUUGCCCCAGGAGACGAUAAUUAUCAAAAAAAUAGUGAACAGAUUGAAACUAUUCAAAUAUCUAUAUGGAUUAUGUAUUGAUGGCUAGCUUGAGAGAAAGGAGACUGAAAUGGAUUUAUCUAGAAAAUGGUAUAGAUGGAUCAAUCAUCGUGUUCAGGCAAUGCACACGAGAUGCCUCAUUCUCGAGGAGCACUUUUCUUAUUAUGAAUCAAAUGAAAAUAAAAGGUUAAAAAUGUUACAAUUCCCAGGUACCCCAAGGUGCGGAUGUCAUCCGAUUGUCUUCGGGAGAGAGACCAUUGUCCAGAGUGUUCAUGUGGACUGUAUCAGAUGACAUUCAAUUGGUUAACCCUCUUAUCUUUUCAAUGAUUUGAACAGUUUUGUUAACGCUGGCACUGACACCAAAUUGUUUUUAUACUUUUUUUGUUGCCCCCCUGUUGUCCUUUGGGGCAUCGGUCAUACAAGCAUGGUCUCUCACACCUGUCAACACUCUUUUACCACUGCCACACACAUUUCACCAGCAGCACUUUCUAUGUUUGUCUUUCGGUUUAGUCAAGUUUGCUACACGUCAUACAAUACAUUAAAGCAGUGUUCAGUAAAUGUGCAGUAUUACUCCGAGAGAGCUAGACCAGCAGAUCUUCAAUUAGUUUGGGGUUUGUCUGGCUGGCAGAGGAGAUACGUUUUUACAUGUGUCUCCGUGUAGAAGCUAUAGGGGGUUUAUGGCUAGUCUUGGGAAGAUCAGACAGGACUUUUAGUUUGUGCUAGGUUCAGCGUCACAGUUUUCAGUCUUUCAGGCUGUUAGAGGAUUGUUGCAUUAUUUACUGCUAUAACCUAUCUUUGCAAUUUCACCUCUCACUGUAUCAGGAGUUUAGGUCAACCGUUGAACGACAUAAAACAUUUGCCCCUGAAGGCCAUUGGCUCAACAGCGUAUUAUGUCCGUUUUUGGUCAAAUAGGUUAUUGAAUAAAGGGUUCGGGCACAUCACCAUCCCAAUGGCCAUAGAGAGUCUUAAGUAAAGCCAAAGGACCAUCGAAGACCCUGCAAUAAUAUUGGCACUUAAAAAUGUCUCACCUGUAUUGUUCACUGGCCUCAAGAAAGAGUUUGGGGUUUUUCACCCUCUUAUGCACUGACAACCUGUAUGGUGUGGUUGUGAGAUUAUGACCAACACUGUUCGAGUGGAAGCUAUGAGGAGCUGAACCAAACAAGAUGGAUUCUUUGAAAUGGGGGUAAUCUACUGAUUUGGAUCAAUCUCAGGAUAGUUAACACUACUAUCACUGGGUGUGUGCAGUUUAGCAGGCCUGACAUGACGGGCUUACAUUUAGUCUUACGGCAGAGUAGUCUGAAAAUUGGAUACAAGCUCUACCCACUGGAUACUCCGAUUUGGUGUGUCAAGUACAGUCAUGCGGUGGCCUAUGAAAUCUCAAGUUCCCAUUUCCUAGUUCUUGUAAGUUAUUUAUACUGAACAUACACCAAGUCAUUAUGAAACUACCUUGGGUUUGAUUGGCAGGUGCAAUAUGUAGAUGUGAAUGGAAGUUUACAUUCAGAAGAGAAAGUUUUUUGUUGUUGCUUAUACUAUUGUCAAUCAAUACCUUCUUUUGUGGUUGGUUGCUAUAGGAUGUCAUUUGAAAAAAUGUUUGUCGGGGUACAUUUUCUUUCCCACCCCAUCAUAUAUUUGAUUUGACUGUCGUUUUUUCUAUGUCCUUUUGCUACAAAGCUGGACUUGUAUAUUGAAGAUCCUUUCUCUCUCUUGCAGACUGUAAUAGAUGAAUCCACACACCUUGGUAAUUUCAACCACAAUCUUUUAUUUUUAUGUCAAAUGUUUUAGGGUUUUUAAAUGUCAUUCUUCUAUUUCUGAUGUCUCAAUUCAGUUAAUUGUUUUGUUUUGUUUGUAAUGUUUUAAGUUUUCAAGAAAAAAUCUAAAAAAUUAUCAAACAACAUUUUAUUGACUGAAAUAAAAAUGACACGAUAUUUGCUAGGUCAGAAGUAAUAAUGACUUAUUGUACAUAAGCUUUUUUUCUCCCUUCAAAAAAAAAAAAGGUAUAUUGUGUAGAAAAGCAAACAAAAAGCCAUGAAUAUAGUGAAGCUUGCCAUUUCGUUUUGUGAUCACUGUGUAUUAUUGUGUAACAAAUGUGCAAAAUGUAUGGGAUUCUCUUAUUAUUAUUUUUUUACACAUUUUCUCCCUGGUUGUCUUUUUUUGUUGUAGUGAGUAGGGUUUGCCGGAAAAGUGGUCAUUGUUCUGACGGAGUUAGAUCCAUUCCACAGGCUUUGAGCGUGAAGAAUGUCAAGUUCACGUAUGUUUGUUGUAUGUUCUAUUAGAAAGUCAAUGCUGUUCAGUGUAUUUCUUACUUUGGUUGAGCUCAUGCAGACUUCAUUUGUGAGGACGUGGCAUGGGUCAAAGCGCUGACGGACAGUACUACCCCGGGAUAGUCAUCAAAUCCACAGAUCUCUCUGUGUUUUGUUGAUUUCAAUUUCUGUACUGAACUACAGGGCUACCCAUGUCUGAAAUGACAAGUUUAAAAAGUUACAUUUCCUUUGCUUUCUUCCAUAUUUCUAUGAAUAUGAAAAGGUGACAUUUUGUAAUGCUCAUGCUUUCCAUUGGAACAUAUAAGUUGUCAACAACAAAAAAAUACAAAAUAAAAUAAAAAGUAUUUGUUUUUAAUCUAGUGUGCUAGGAGCUGUUGGAGAUGAGUGAAAUAUUGCCCUCGUCACAAAUGUGUUCUGGUUAACAUCUGUUUUGGGGGAUUUUCAUGGAGUUAUCAAACUGACAAUACUAUAUUGACUGCCAUAUAAGUGAGUUAAAUAAUAAUGGGGUUGUGUCUAAAACCUUUUAAGGCAGAUAAAGCUGCCCAUCAGGACAGUGUUAGUUAUGGGGUUUACUAAUCGUGAUGUCAUUCUGAUGGAGGACUGAUCACAUUUCCUGGCUACACAAAUUUAUUAUUUUAUUGGUAUAAUUUCAUUUACUCUUGGCGUUUUAGUUAUUGUUGGAAAUGCAGGUGACUUUUUGAAGGGGAGGGAGGGGGGAUUUAUUGCAAAUCAUUUUCUAAAUUUGAUGUGAAUAUGCUGAAAGCUUUUCUUUUUAUACAUAUAAAAUUAACUGCAAUUCCUCAGUUUGAACAUUGCAUAAUGUUGAUGUUGUAUAUUACAUUUGUGAGAAAAAAAUGACAUUGAUAAUGACUCAAUCUGUAUCAAUUGAAUGGACAUUGGGGAAUGGGUGAAAAUAUUAAAAUGAAUUUUGAUCCUAUAAAAAAAGCCCUUUUGUUUUAUUUUGAUUUCAAAUGUAAAUCCUGACCUUUUGCACAUACUUGAUAUUUAACUGUCUUCAAAAAAAAUGAAAGAAUAUUGAUGCUGUUUGAAAUCUGCCAGUUGGUUAAUAAUGAUUAUGCAUUGACUGAAAAAAAAUAAGCUAAUUUUGGAGGAAAUAACUUUGUAAUAUUUAUCUCUUGCAAGCUAUGUUUAAUAAAGGAUGGAACGAUUUA